UGUAAUAAUCUCGCCUUGAGUGGUUCCAAUCCAAUAACAAACGUUAAAAAAAAUUGUGAUCGCGAAAAAUGUCUCCACUAGCCGUUAUUCUGAUAGUUUGUAGUUCGAUAGUUUUCAGCACGUGUUGGGGGUUAGCUAACAGACACCAGGUGUCAUUUAUUAAGUUAGCAACCUGUCAGGAGUAUGAUGUAGAAUCUAAAUCAUGUCAGCAUUAUUUUCCCAUUGAUAUUUUCAAAAACAACGAAUCCAAGGAAUAUAAGCUCAACUUGAAGUUUUACGUGAUGGCCAAGAACGACGCGAAUAUCGUACUUUCAAAUUCGCAGGGCAAGGGCACUGUCCAGUAUACUAUUGUUGUUGGAGGUGCUGACAACACAUACUCCUGGCUCAGAAAUACGUCUGACACCACAGUUGGAUUGGACAGCCACACACCUGGAUUACUGUCACCACUUUUCCCAACUCCUGUAAUCGUUCGGCAAAAACAUAAUGGUCAAGUGGAAGUUUCUGUUCCCGGAAUAACCGAUCCUCUUUUAAGGGCGGAUGCAGCUGAUCUGGAAGUGCAAUCAAUUUGCUUUUAUGCAUGGAAUACCCAGAGCCGAUGGUUCUACAAUUGUGCUGAAAAGGAAGAUUCUUGUUCAGUAGUUAAACGUAAUUGCGCUCAACUCAAUUCCCGUAAGAACUAAUAACUGCAAACAAACACUAUUAUUGAGACAAGACGUAGAGAUAUGAAAAUAACUGUAGGUGUUUGAUUUAUUGUAAAACAAAUGGAGUUAUAAUUGACAAUAAUACCUUCCUUUUAUUUAA